GACGGGGGCUGAGUCAGCAGGAAGGCAUAAAGGCGGCGGGGCCGGCACCAGGCGGGCGGGCAUGGAGCUGCCGGAGCUGGGGCGGCACUGCGCUGAGCGCGCCUGCAGGAGGCUGGACUUCCUGCCUCUGAAAUGUGAUGCGUGUGGGGAAGUCUUCUGCAAAGACCAUAUCCGUUAUGAUGACCACAAGUGUGGCUCUGCCUACAAGAAAAAUGUGCAGGUUCCGGUGUGUCCACUCUGUAAUGCACCUGUCCCAGUACAGAAGGGGGAAAUACCAGAUGUUGUGGUUGGAGCCCACAUGGAUAAGGACUGCAAAUACAAUCCAGCACAGCAAAAGGAGAAGAUCUUCACAAACAAGUGCUUAAAGCCAGGCUGCAAAAGAAAAGAGAUGAUGAAGGUAGUUUGUGAACAGUGCAAUGGUAAUUUCUGCAUAAAGCAUCGGCAUCCUCUGGACCAUGACUGUAAAGGGAGCAGCCACCCCAUCUCCAAGGCUGGGUAUGCAGCUCUGAUGAGAGCAUCUCAAACUGCCUUCAAGUCAACAGAAGCAAUUGUAGUGCCAUCUAAUGGGAACCGUCAGCACAACAGGUAUAAGCUGUGGAACAAGAUGAGAUAGUUUAAAAUAGUCUUAGGUCAACACAGCAUGGUAGUGCUGCUGUCAUACAUCUAACUGCUCUAGGCUUUGUAGUUGACCUUUGAUCAGUGUUGGGAAUAUAGCAGAGAGCUUUCUGACAGCACAAGCGAAUUUUUAUUUCUCCACACUGUGAGGAUUAAAAUGGCUAUGUAGACACAAGCAUUAGGGCAUUAAGUUGUUUAUUGUACCAGCAGGUUGGUCUCCCACCUGCCCAGGAUAAGGCUUUUGGUCAAGUUUUGGAAAACUGGUGCUUCAUUGUAAUGCUGAGAAAGCAUAGCAAAUCUGACUGAAUGGCCCAAGUCCUUCCCAGCCAUGGUUUACUGCCUUGUGACUGCAAGUUGUGGUUGAAUGACUCUUACAGUUUACUCUAUUGUCUUUCAGAUGCAGAUAAUAGAAACUCUUCACGCUGGAUCAAGCCUCUGCUGACUUCAGAGUUAAUCUUGUCUGAAGCUCUUUAAACUUUCUCUAUGCAAGUAACUUAUUUUUGUGUAUAAUCUCUUAUGGAUUUAAUAAACUGUCACCCUUUCUAAGCCAA